AUGGAACAAGUCGCCACGUCUCACACUAUUUUGCUUGUUCAACCUACCAAACGACCAGAAGGCAGGACUUAUGCAGAUUAUGAAUCUGUGAAUGAAUGCAUGGAAGGAGUCUGUAAAAUGUAUGAAGAGCAUCUGAAGAGAAUGAAUCCUAACAGCCCUUCAAUUAAAUAUAUUAGCCAGUUAUUUGAUUUCAUUGAUGACUUGGCUGACCUCAGCUGCCUUGUUUAUCGUGCUGAUACUCAGACAUACCAGCCAUACGAUAAAGACUGGAUAAAGGAGAAGAUCUAUGUCCUUCUCCACAGACAAGCUCAACAAGCAAGCAAAUAAGACACCAUGGUUAAGGGGAUUUUGGGGGAAGGGUUUUGACAACAGGUGUGUACAGCAUUCUGUAGUGAAAGUUUUGUAUUGUAGUCCUGUUCAUUCUUGUUAGCCUGUAUUGGAGACAAAAUCUGUUAGAAUUCCAAGGGACUUUCUCAGUUUAAAACUCAAAGAAAGGAUAUGCCUUCUGCAGGUCUUUUAGUUUAAUUGUCUUUGCUUAGACAGUUCUACUUUCGUUCCUCACUCCUGGGAUUGUUCAAUUCUGCUUUACCACAGUCACUGUAUGUAUUCCUC